UAUUUUGAAGUCCUCUAGCACUGCCUACAGGAAGUCGGUAAAAUUGAUGCUAUUCGAUUUAAACAUCUCAAGACAACAACCGAUUUAUCUUUCUUUUUAAAAUCCUGACUUCACUAGUUUUGAGUGUUAAAUGUGUGACAACGGUGACUCAGAUCAUGGGAAUCCCACCAGACGCAGCGUGGUGUAUAUUUACAGCCCGGACUAUGUGGAGACUUGUGACUCUCUAUCAAAAGUCCCAAACCGAGCGAGUAUGGUGCAUUCCCUGAUUGAAGCUUAUGGCUUAUUAAAUCAUAUGAGUGUGGUUAAGCCUCGUGUGGCUACGAUGGAGGAGAUGGCAGUGUUUCAUACACACUCUUACCUUGAGCACCUACACAAGAUCAGCCAGAAUGGAGACAAUGAUGACCCUCAGUCAGUGGAUUUUGGACUGGGGUAUGAUUGUCCAGUGGUGGAGGGCAUAUUCGAGUACGCGGCUGCAGUCGGUGGAGCCACUCUGACGGCCGCUCAGUGUCUGCUGGAUGGAAAGUGUGAAGUUUCCAUCAAUUGGGCAGGAGGCUGGCACCAUGCCAAAAAGGACGAGGCAUCAGGGUUCUGCUAUGUAAACGAUGCUGUUUUGGGGAUCCUCAAACUGCGGGAGAAGUACGAGAGGGUGCUUUAUGUAGACGUGGACCUUCACCAUGGUGACGGCGUAGAAGAUGCUUUCAGCUUCACUUCCAAAGUGAUGACUGUGUCUCUGCAUAAGUUCUCGCCUGGCUUCUUCCCAGGUACAGGUGAUGUGUCCGACACAGGCCUUGGGAAGGGCAGAUGGUACGCUGUCAAUGUGCCACUGGAGGACGGAAUCCGAGACGAUCGCUACCUCCAGGUCUUCACCAGUGUCAUACAGGAAGUGAAAGCACUGUUUAACCCAGAAGCAGUAGUGAUGCAGUUAGGGGCGGACACCAUGGCUGGCGACCCUAUGUGCUCUUUUAACAUGACUCCAGUGGGGGUGAGCAAGUGCCUGAGCCAUGUGCUGGAGUGGAAGCUACCUACACUGCUGCUGGGAGGAGGUGGGUAUAACCUUGCCAAUACUGCCCGCUGCUGGACCUAUCUGACAGGGACAGUCCUGGAUCAGACUCUGUCCUCCGAGAUACCAGACCAUGAGUUCUUUACGGAAUACGGUCCGGAUUAUACUCUGGAGAUAAGCCCGAGCUGCCGACCCGACCGCAACGAGAGCCAGCAGUUGGAGCGGGUCAUCAGCACUAUCAAAGGGAAUCUGAAGAAUGUUGUUUAAGCAGUGGGCUCUAAGCUCAUGUUUCCAAAUCAGACCCUGCUCUCCUAAUGAAGACAGUAUGUGGGAGCCAUCAACGGAACGGAGCGGAGCAUCGGAAAACAUUACUCGAAUGUUUCCGAGGAACUUUUGUUUAAUGGGAAAAUGAACUGGACAGAGUUGCCCCAUGCGAGAAGCUCAUAAUCAGAGUGGGUCACAGGGUGAACAGUCCACAGGGUUUUAUCAUAUUUUUAAAAUUCCAUUGAUAUUUUGAAUUGCAAAACAAAACCUGACCAAGACCUGGCCAAUCCUAUACACUUAGGCUAAAAGAAAGAACGUCAGGACUUGUUACCGUCAUGGAUCCACGUCCGAAAUGUGCUUCAGGUUGGAAGACAUGUUUAGUAUGUGAAGCUGUUGUCAAAGAUAUUCUCUUGUUUUUGUAUUCUAUGUAUUAUUUUAAGUGGUAUGCCUCUCAGUGGUCCCUGAUGAAAUGAAGUCAUUGAGAUAUAAUGCUGCCAACACACACUCAUACUCUCCAAAAACACAACAAACUGCUCCACCCAACAUACUCACAGAAACUGGAAGACAGACAGAAAGGAUAGAGUGAUGAGGUUGAAGAGGGUAGGUCAAUGAAACGUGGUUAUUCUGUUUGAUGCUGUCGUCCCCAUUUAAGAAUUAUUUUCUGUGGAUUUUAACAUUGCAGUGUAAAUAUUCCUUUCCUAAUAAAAUCUUAAGUGUGUGUGUCUGUC